AAAAGGCAAACAAAGCUCAAUGUUUGAUUUGCAGAACCCGACAACAAGAAAAGCAAAUGUUAAAGGAAGGAGGAGAGAGAUCUGAGAAGAGAGGAGCGGACUGAUUGAAUACACCACGACGGCCGGCGACGGAAGGGAAUGUUCGGGAAUCUGAAUCCGUCUUGCUGAAGGCUCUCCAUCGGUGCACCCAGAAAGAGAUAUGAAGGAUUUGUUAGGAAGUCCGGGGAAAGUGAGUGGUCUUAUUCUCAGAAUCGCUCAAUGUCUAUUCGCUUCUGCUUCAGCUGUAGUUAUGGUUUCUGCUUCUGGGUUCUCUAGAACCACAGCCUUUUGCUUUUUAGUUGCAGCAAUGGGGCUUCAAACACUGUGGAGUUUUCUACUGUUAUGCAUUGAUAUUCAUGCUCUGAGGGUGAAGAGAGAUUUGCAAAAUCAUAUCUUAGUCAGCCUUUUUGCUGUAGGAGAUUGGGUGACAGCUAUACUAUCACUUGCAGCUGCUUGCUCAUCGGGAGGAGUGGUGAUUGUGUUUUCAAAAGAUACGAACCUCUGUCAUGCAGGCCUGCAUUUGGCGUGUUCCAUGUUUCAAAUUGCAGUAGGUUUGGCUUUCGUCUCAUGGUUCCUUCUUGCUUUGUCUUCUGGUAUCUUGUUUUGGCUCGUCGCAUCUUCUACUUGAGGAGGGGACUCUCCCAUUUCCCUUCUUCUUAUUUGGAAGAUCAGUGUACAUAUUUUGAUUAUUUCCUUAACUACUACAUGUAUGUUAUGAACAUUGAGAGUUCUUUUCUUGGUUCCUCUAGUGUGACCAUUUCCACUUGAUUUGA